GAUGCAUCGAAGUAAAAGUGAUGUAUUAAAUAAAGAUGAAAUGGAAACAUUAUUAAAACCACCUGCCGAGUUUUUGCCUCAAAGAAAGAAAGGAAUUUUUAGAUAUUUACCAAAAAGCUUCUCAAAAGUUAGCCGAAAUGGAGAAUCUCUAGAAAUGAAUAUUGUUGAAGAUCCCAAUAUGUCUGCUGAUUGUUUUGAUCACGAUCAAAUUGACUAUAUUGACGAUUCUCCAGCCCCAACUUGA